GUUCAGGGUUGGCACCGUAAGGCCACUUCCUGUGGCUUUUUGUUAGUGCCGGUUCUGGAAGGCCCGUUUGCCCUGCCCAGCUACCUGUAUGGAGACCCGCUUCGAGCCCAGCUGUUUAUCCCACUGAAUAUCAGCUGCCUGCUGAAGGAGGGCAGUGAGCACCUGUUUGACAGCUUUGAACCGGAGACUUACUGGGAUCGGAUGCACCUCUUCCAAGAAGCCGUGGCUCACAGGUUUGGAUUUGUACAAGACAAAUAUUCUGCCUCCGCCUUCAACUUCCCUUCUGAGAACAAGCCCCAGUACAUCCACGUCACAGGGACUGUCUUCCUGCAGCUGCCCUACUCCAAGCGCAAGUUCUCAGGCCAGCAGCGGCGCAGGCGCAACUCGACCAGCUCCACCGGCCAGAACAUGUUCUGCGAGGAGCGCGUGGGCUACAACUGGGCCUACAACACGAUGCUGACCAAGACGUGGCGCUCCAGCGCCACCGGGGAUGAGAAGUUUGCCGACCGACUGCUGAAGGACUUCACCGACUUCUGCGUCAAUCGCGACAACCGCCUCGUGGCAUUCUGGGCCAGCUGUGUGGACAAGAUGCACGCCAGCGCACCCUGAGCACCUGAGCCGGGCAAGAGGCCUGGGCAUCGGGGAGAAAGGGCUGGCCAGAGGCCCAGAACUGCUGGGGAGGCUGCAGAUGACCUGCAGCAUGGGGUCGUGGCCCCCCGGACGGAGUAGAGACCAAGCAGGGCAGCCACCGAACGGGGCAGCCACGGAGUGGGCCAGCGGGGAGCUGGAGCUGCCAGGCCCUCCCUGGUCGAGGGCAGAGAAUUCUGUGAAAUAGUGUAUCAUACGUCAGCAUGAGGUGUACAGAGUGUAAAUACAGAGGAGGAAUAAAAACCUGAUGUAGCCUCCGA